UCCAGUGACGUUAAACUGUCAAAACAUGAUAAUUUCGCUAAGAAUGUUUAUCUGCACAAUUAACCGUAGGAGUAUCUAAAUUUACUGAUUUAAUGCCAAGAAACUGUUUUGGAGAGAUCCAAACUUAUACUAACAUGAACAAUGAUAAGCUUUUGGAAGAAGUCAGUUUCAACGCAAAAUCGUACAAACACAAGUCCGAGCAUAAUUGCCAACACACAUAGCACUGCAAUAGCUUCGGUCCCCAUAACUUCUGACCCCCACUUGGACACCAAGGGCCCUUUGGCAAACUAUGACGAUGAAGGCCUCUUUGACAUUGAUGAAUUUGAGCUCAAAAAGGAGAAAACUCAUCUUUCAAAAACCCUUCAAGACAUAUUAGCAGACAAAGGUGCUUUGACCUAUUUUAUUCAGUACUUGGAGUCUAGGAAUGCAUCUGCCUACAUCAUGUGCUACUUGGAUAUAGAAUCAUUUAAGCUUGACCUGACCAGUUCAGAAAAUAAGUCUCAUGUAAAUUUCUCCCCAGUGCCACACACUAAGGUAGAUCAUGAUAGUCUUUCAGUGAGCACAGAUUGUGACUCUUUUACAGCAGAUUCAAACAGUUUAUUUGAUUAUUCUACUGCAACGAUAUCUGAAAGAACUGGUCAUGAUAUAUUAUGUGAUAAUAGUGAUAAUAGUGUUAAGUUAAAAAGUCAGGAAGACAGCAGUCAACAAAGUGUGGAAAAUGCACUUGUAAUUUUUAAGAAGUACAUAGCUCAGGAGGCCACAUGCAAUAUAAAGUGUAAUGAGGAAAUAAGAAAGGAAGUGAUGGAAAAUAUUUGCAGCACUGAAAAAGUGUUAUCUGAGGAAUGUUUCAAAAGUGUUCAACAAUUUGUGUAUAAUGUUAUGGAGUCUGAAUAUUUUGGUGCAUUUCUUGGGACAGAUUACUAUUGUAAACAUCAAAUCGAUGUUUUAACCAGUGGGAAUGUUGUAUUAGAUGACAUUUUGUACAAUGAAACAGCCUUGUUUUAUUUCAUGGAGUUUUUAGAACAAGAAAAUCAUAGGAGCCUUCUUGAGUUUUGGAUUGCUGCAACAAAUUUCCAGCAACAACUUCAUGAUCAGAAGGAAUUCUUUGAUCCAAUUGAAGCACAAAAUGAUGCUGUGGUUUUAUAUGACAAAUAUUUUUCCUUGCAAGCACAUUGUCCUUUAGGGUUUUCUGAUAAAGUCAGAUUUGCUGUUGAACAAAACAUUUGUGGUGAAAAUGGUUUGAUUUUGGAUUGUUUUCAUUUGCCACUGAAAAUUAUUGAGAAGGUGCUAGAUGAAAAUUAUUUAAAACCAUUUUUAGCCUCACAACUGUUUUAUAAAUACUUAUCAGAAUUAAUAAACACUGUACAAUCAACUGGUUAUGCUACUUGCAUGGAUUCUAGAUAUUCGCCUUCAGAUUGUAGCAGUGAAAAAAGUUUUAGCACCAACACCUUUUUAGCUUUAGAACUUCAGCCAAAUUGUGUGAAGAAAAAGGAUAAAUGUACAGACAUGAGCAUAGACACAAGAGAACUGUAUGAUCCAGAUGCACUUUGGAAAAGGAAGAAGAUGCACAGAUUAUCACUAGGUCAUGUGAAUCAUUUGGGGAAGUAUGAAACUGAAUUUGAACCUGAACCAGAUAGGGGAGAGUUUAAAAUAAAGAAUGUAAUGAAAAAAUUUGUGAGUUUGGAGGAGGAGAACAAAAAGAAAGAGGAAAUGGCUUGGCAAGUUGCUGAGAUGAUCAUUAAAGAUAUUACAAAUGUUACUUUAAAUGAUAAAAUGUAAGACGAAUGUGUUGUUAAAGCAGAAAUGGAUGAAGUGCCCAUUUGGAAUAUGGAUUGUCAAUAUUCAUUCUCAAUUUUUUAGUAUUGUCCGUUUCUUGGGUGGGUACUUUGUCUGGUGUCUAGUGAAAAUGAUUUAUUCUAUGUAUAUGUAAAUUUUGAAAAGAGGUAAAUAUUACCAGUACAAAUAGAAAAAUUAUUUUUAUAAUUGUUAUUUCCAAUAUGUUUAAAGAUUUUAUUGUAAAAUAUCAGAUAUUUUUAUUAAAACAGUUAAAAUGUGGCCACUUAUUUUCAGUAUUAGUUGCCUACUACUUAUACCAUAAUAAUUGUUAUAUGUAACUAAAUGAUCUGUAGUUCUCAAUAGUUUUUUUGAUGUAACCUAGUCAUAAAUUAUGAUAUUUAUCUUUUUAUAUUCAACAAAAUGUUACAGAAUUAUUUAAAAAUGACCUUACCUGUAUAUUAGAUACGUGAAUUGUAUAUUUGUGGAUUAAAUAAACUAAAUUUUGUAAAUA